AUGGUUAAUUUGGCUGAUGCAAAUCAUGAUGUUGAGCUUCUUCAAGCUCAAGCUCAUGUAUGGAGCCACAUCUUUAACUUCAUCAACUCGAUGUCCCUUAAAUGUGCAAUUCAAUUAGGAAUCCCAGAUGUGAUCCACAACCAUGGUAAACCCAUUACCCUUUCCCAGCUUAUUUCUUCUUUACCUGUCCACCCAGCCAAAUCUCGCUGUAUACCUCGCCUGAUGCACCUUUUGGUUCACUCUGAUUUCUUUGCUCAAGCAAAAAUCAGUGAAGAUGAUGAUCAAGAAGAAGGGUAUGUUCUCACCAGUGCAUCUCAGCUCCUCCUCAAGGACAACCCCUUGAGUGUCACACCGUUCUUGAUGGCCAUGCUUGAUUCUAUUUUAACAAGACCAUGGCAUUAUGUGAGCACUUGGUUCCUAAACGAUGAUCCUACCCCAUUUAAUACAGCUCAUGGGAGGACACUUUGGGAGUAUGCUGGACAUGAACCCAAGCUCAACGAUUUCUUUAAUGAAGUAAUGGCUAGUGAUGCUAGGCUCGUUAUGCAUGUGCUGAUCAAUGAGUGUGAGGGAGCAUUUGAGGGGCUGAAGUCAUUGGUUGAUGUUGGGGGUGGAACAGGAACCAUGGCUAAAGCCAUAGCUAAAGCAUUCCCUCAGUUGGAUUUCAUUGUGUUUGAUCUCCCACAUGUGGUGGCUGGUCUGCAAGGCACUGAUAACUUGAAGUAUGUUGGAGGCAAUAUGUUUGAGGAGAUUCCUCCUUUCGAUGCAAUUUUACUGACUGUAAGUCUUACUAUUCUCUCUGAUUUCCAUUCCCUGUAUACUGUAGCUACCACUUAA